GCUAAUCUGUCAACACGAGGGCCAAAUUUUUAAAGGACCACCCCUCUCAUCCUCCACCUUCUCCCCCCAAUUUCUUCUCCUCCUUCUCACAUCACCAACCCUCUCUCUUUCUCUGUAGCCCCUCUCUCCUCUCUCCUUCUUGCCUUUGAUCAUAAUCUAGGCCGGUAAAGGGUGGUCAUCAGGACUCAAGACUCAUCCCACCAUAAGCAAAAUUUUAGCUCUGGUUCUUGGAGGCCCCAUAGGCCAAAUUAAUGGACGGAAAGUUCAACAACAACCCACUAAUCACUGAGCAAGAAGAGAACGACAAUACAGAAAGUGGUCCUGAUUCACCUCCUUCUAGCUUGCUUAACGACAUGAAGAUGACUUCCACUUCCUCACCAAAAAAAAGCAAACGGGCGAUACAAAAAAGAGUAAUCUCGGUGCCAAUCAAGGACGUAGAGGGGUCAAGGCUCAAAGGCGAGAACGCUCCGCCACCAUCUGAUUCUUGGGCUUGGAGAAAGUACGGCCAGAAACCCAUCAAGGGCUCACCUUACCCUAGAGGAUACUACAGGUGUAGCAGUUCAAAGGGUUGCCCAGCCAGAAAACAGGUAGAGAGGAGCCGUGUGGACCCAUCAAUGCUAGUGGUCACCUAUUUUUGUGAACACAACCACCCGUGGCCACCUCCUUCAAAGACCCAUCACCACCACAAUAAUAGCAACUCCACCAAAUUCAACAUACCCAAGCCCGAAAUCUCUACACCUUACCAGCCAGAAAACCCAGAGCCUGAACCUGAACCAGAGGAAAAGUUCACUGAUCUCGGGGAUGACUCACUUAUUAGUACAGAUGAGUUUAGCUGGUUUGGAGAAAUGGAAACCACCUCUUCCACCAUCCUCGAGAGCCCCAUUUUUACGGAUGAAAGGAUCACAGCGGAGGCCGAGGCGUCGAUGUUUUUCCCUAUGAGAGAAGAGGAUGAAUCCCUGUUCGCCGAUCUAGGUGAGCUGCCAGAGUGCUCGGCGGUGUUCAGGCAAUACCGUGGUGUGGGCCCACAGGUCCAGAUCUGCUGACACGUUAUAUUGUCAUCACGCUGGUUAUAAAAUUCAAAGGUGGGCGCAUCCUGCACAAGUUAACAAACAGAAAUUUUUUUUUUUUCUUCUUCUUCUUCAAAUUUACUACUUUAUUUUUCCUCUUUUUUUUUAAUUUUAUUAUUGUUUUCAGUAUCCAUUUUCCCUUGAUUCAGUGUAGUUAGUGAAUAAAAGUCCAAUUCCGAUCCUUUUUGUAA